GCCCUUGGGUGUUUUUACCUUUUUACAUUCACCUUUGCCAUGCCCUUAAAGAUAGUCGUUUCCCCCCAAUGACGAGGGAUGAGCUGCCACGGCUUUUCUGCUCAGUGUCUCUACUCACUAACUUUGAAGAUGUGUGUGACUACAUGGACUGGGAGGUGGGUGUACAUGGCAUUAGGAUAGAAUUCAUCAAUGAAAAAGGAUCAAAACGCACCGCCACCUACUUACCGGAGGUUGCAAAGGAGCAAGGAUGGGACCACAUUCAAACCAUAGAUUCCUUAUUGAGGAAAGGAGGCUACAAAGCUCCGAUCACUAAUGAAUUCAGGAAAACAAUAAAGCUAACCAGGUACCGUAGUGAGAAGAUGACAAUGAGCUACACAGAGUACCUUGCCCAUCGUCAGCACCAUCACUUCCAAAAUGGUAUUGGGCACCCCCUUCCACCAUACAACCAUUAUUCCUGACACUGAGCCGCAUGACCAGUCACUGGACCUCUCUGCAGACCUCUUCCCAGGAGACCCUGCCCCUUCUUGGUCUAGCUAUCUCUAUUACUGUACCAUUUUAUGAUGAUAGUUUCCGUUGCCAUGCUGAGACUGUUGGUUAAGCUCAUCGUGGCAACGGGAGGGAAAACUGCAUUACUACAAAGAUCCCAUACUUUUUUUAUUAUUGAGUCACUGCAGAUUUUUUUGCAGCAUAUAUAGCCCUUGGGUUUUUUUACGAAAUUUUAAAUUUCUACUUCAUUAACAUGGAAUUAUAUCAAUCAAGGCUUUCUGUGACUGUGGAUGGAAGGAAGAGUUUAAGGAUUACAGUUAGGGAUGCUUUGCUUCGCGAAAAGGCAUUCAUGGCUUUUGCAUUCAUAGGUGUGACAGGGAAUGAAACAUUUAUUCUUCAGACCAGCAAUGAUUCUUUAUAUACAAAGAUAUGUUUUCCUCGUUUUUUAUUACUGUUAAAGAAAAAAAAUGAAAAAUAAAAACCUCUUUCUUUGCUCUGGACCCAGUAAUUGCGCUGGUACAUAAACGCACUGAGAAAACAGACUUUUGUUUGAGACUUUUGUAACAACUUAUGACUGUUUUUGUAUAUCAAAGUUGAUUCUUUUCAAGAUAUUUGGAUCUAGUUUCUAAGUUAUUUUAGUGUUUUAUAUGUUACAAAGAAAAAAAAAUGACUUAAUUGUUCACCAGCAUCUUGAGUUAUCUUUAAUGCAGUGGUGACGCACAGCGGGCGCGGAGCUACCUGGAGUAGCUUGAACGGCCUCUGUCCUCUCCUUCCUUCCUUAGUAACUUGAUUGAGUACAAUAAUAUCACCGAAUCCCUCAGCCCCCUUCCUUUAUAACUAGAUCCUCCUUCCUUCCACAUUUAAUUGCUAUAAGUGUGAAGAAACUGUUGAAAUGGGCAUUUUAAUAUAAGUAUGGCUUAAAAAGAGAAAAAUGAGGAAAAGGCAAAAAAAAAAAAAUAUAGAAGGUUAUCAGUGGGUCUGUGAGAUAUGGCUGUGGAAAGAUAUUGUAGUAGUUUUAACACUAUUGUUAUUACCUUUUAAAUCAUUUACCCAAUAAAAUAAGGAAAAAGAACCACCA